CAAAGCUGUCGCAUCGGCUCAUCGCAGAGCUUCUCGCGCUGCGAGCUCGACCGCAGCUUGGUCUCGCAUCCAAAAAUCACUGCGCCUUUGCUCGCGCUGCCACACAGCGACCGGUAGCAGAGCACAUCUCAACCAGAGAGCAGCACAAAGAUGCUCAAAUACGCCGCCGCCGCAGCGAUCGCAGCGAUCCUCGGCAGCAAAUAUACAAGCCAGCCCCCACCUUACGACGACGGCGCCGCAUCACUCAUCAAGGUCGACGCGCGGCUCUUGGCGGGCAACGCCCACGGCGCGCCCUUCCCGCCGGUCUAUAAAGGCAAAUGGGCGCUGAACGACCGGCUAACCAAAGCGACGCGGCUCUACGAGGGACAGGUCGAGGGCAGCGAGUCCGUCGCGACGCUAAGUGAUGGGACGUUACUCACCGUCGACAAGUACGGCUGGGUCUGGACGGCGCCGCGCGGGGCCACGAAAGCCACCAAGAAAUGGUACGUCGGGCCCGGGCGACCUUUGGGAUUUCACGCUGUUGCCGAUGCUCUUUACGUCGCGUGCUCGCUCAAGGGCCUCCUCAAGCUCGAUAUGAGUAAAGGCACCCUGGAGGUCCUCGCCAAUCUUGCCGAAGACACGAAUCUUCCCCUAAACUACGUGAACGACCUCGACGUGGCUCCCAAUGGUGAUAUAUAUUUUACGUCGUCGACGGAACGAGGAGUGUUGUACAACGCGCGGAAGGGCUUCUACGACACGCUGCACUCCUACCUCCAGAACCUCUGCAAGGGCGACAAUACCGGGAGGUUGCUGAAAUACGACGCGGCGACGCGAACGACCAGUACUUUAUUAUCUGGUCUGUGGUACGCUAAUGGUGUGGCGUUGAGUGCGGACUACCGAGAUGUUAUGGUGGUCGAGACGAACUUGAAUCGCGUGCACCGCUACUCGCUGACAACAGGGAAAACCGAGGUUUUUGUGGACAAAAUACCGGCGAUGCCGGACGGGAUUUCCCGCAGUGCUGAUGGCGGCUUCUGGAUCGGCGGCGUCGUGCGGUUAUCUCCUUUGCCGCGGCUGCUGGCGCCCUAUCCAAAGCUGCGGACCUUGGUGUCUCAUAUUGUCGGGCCGCUAUUGCCGGUGGUGGCUAAGCCCGCGGGCCUCGUCUUCAAGGUCGAUUCUACCGGAAAGCCGGCGGACGCCUUGUAUGAUUUGUCAGGUGCGUACGUGUCGUCCGUGAGCGCCGUCGCGCAGGACGGCGACGCUCUAUAUCUGGGGAACCUGAACGGGGACUUCGUGUCUCGCGUGGAGCUGUCGCCGCCGCGGUGGAACCUUUGAGCGGUGGCGCGUAAGUUGUGGU